CAGGGCAACAUGCCAUGCCUCCAAAUGAAUAUGCUUUAGUGGUCCCUGCCCAUCCUGCCUUUCUUGCGAUCUACAACCCGUCUUUGGGCACGACCGAUGAGGCCCUGCACAACCAGAUUGUCUACUACUAUUCGAAAUCAAGCCGCUCAAGGGCAUCGAGGAGACAAGCAAGUAACGAUGAUGCGGGCGACGAAAGAAAACAGGAAGACGAAAAUGAAAGAUUACGCCAGAUAGGGCUGGCCCAGGGCAUGGUGAGCUUUGCCAAAACAUUUUCAAAUGGAGAUUCGGUAGAUACGGUGGAAACCGAAAAGUCGCGCGUUGUACUGCAUGAACUUGAACCAAAUUGGUGGAUACUUGCGCGUAUCGACUUUACCCGUUUGGCCUCCGAAUCUUCCAUUUCUACAACGCCAUCAUCAAAGCCGAAUGUGCCGCCUUCUCCGUCCGUCGAAUACUCGUCUCGAGAAGUAUCUCCGUCGUACCUAUUACUGCAGCAGCUGCAAAGAGCCCACUCUAUAUUCUUGCUGCAUCAUGCACCGACCCUCGACUCGCUUUACAACAACAUACCGAGGGAAAGGUUUUGCAGGAUUUUGGAUCGGUUCUGGACAAGGUUCGUCUUGAAUUGGGAUGUCCUACUUCAUGGAAAUCCCGCCGUGGAGAUCUUCAACGGCAUAAAGCUUGCUGCCGGAGCUGAAUUGGGUAUUGGAGUGGGAGAAGAAGAAUGGGGGAGUGGAGAACGAGAGGUCCUGGAAGGGUUCAUCUCCAGAACGGAUGGCUUGGUUGAUAUGGUGCUUUCGCGUUUCGGGGAUCCCGAACCAGCGAAUGGAAAAGAGAGUGCUGUCCAAAAAAGAACAAACAGUACUGAUCGACAAUCAAAUGAGGCUCUCUGGCUCGGGCGUGGGACAUACCCUGACUCGUCAGAUGGGGUUAUAUUUUCGGGUAUGGGCAAAAUUGCUACGUCUUCCCUUGUGAGUGUAUCGCAGUGGAUGGAAUGGAUAUACCGAUAUGGCGAAGGCGCAUAUGGCGUAAGAGAUGACCCGAGGUCAGCCAAGCGUCGGAGGCGGAGAAGGAACCAUUCAUCCGCCUUCAGUAUACGCGAUUCCGGCCCCUCCAUAACUUUGCAUGCCCGGUCAAAAUCGGUUUCGGGAGAUAUACCAAAUCGGAGCUUAUCCCCUGGUAUACCCCCUCCUCUCGUCGUCAGCCCCGGUCCCGUACCAACCAAGGACGAGCCUGUCCAGCAUAGCCCUGAAGAACAAAGGUCUCCACCGGGAAAGCCAGACUCCCCUGCCUUUGGCACAGACACGUUUAUGAAGCUAAUCACUCUCGGUUAUGGUUCGGCGUGGGGUGGCUACUCGAGAAGUCCACUCACCCAUCCCCGGGUGAACAUACUACGAUUUGGCAUGGGUGGAACUCCCGAUAGGGAAAUGUCCCCUUCGGACGCCAGUUCAGCAGAGCGAGGCAGGUUUUAUCAGCAGCUAGACGAAUCACCAGGCAGGUUUUUGAUAGGAUUAUGCAACGACCUUGAAAACGAAGAUUCAGAUUCGGAUGAUACUGAAGGCCCCAACGAAUUUCGUCGCAACCAAGCAGAAACAGGGAAUAAAGGAACUAGAAUAUCUUCGCGGACAUUGAAUGUGAGUGUCAUCGAGGGCGAGUCCAACGUGUCGAAAACGCUCCGGGUCGUAAUAUAUCUGUAUCAACCGUUUAUGUUUGUUUUUUUCUUCGACCCAGAUACAGCGUGCCUUUCCGCUCCUUCGUUUUACCGAAGUGUUCACCAUCAACUUGGCCCCUUACAAAAGCCUCUGUUAUCCUCCACUUGUCCCUCAAAGGCAGCAGAGCGUCUCUCACACUGCAGUCUGUACCAUGGCUUCAAAGAGAAUGAAGCCUCCCGUCAGCAUAUAUAUGAUGUGGUCUCGGACCCAUCGAAUCAUACAGUCCGUGCGUCGCUUCCAAAUAUUCCCGAGCCUGGAGCUUCGACCAGUGGAUCAUGGACCCGACUGGACGCUUUGAAUGUUCACACCCAAAUCAUAAAUACCUUAAUUGAAACUAGAUAUCGCUCUUCAGAGACCGAGCGCACGUGCAAAACGAGUCGUGGUUGGUGGGUGCUCUGGAUGAGGCUGGGAGACAGCAGCUCCAGUCGUCCUAGCCCUUACGGCAUGGGUGAGUCAGCGAUAGGAGCUGGCACCUUGGGAAAUGUCCAGAGACAAGCGUUUCUGAUUCGCAAAGCAAGCGAUCACGUUGCGCCAGGACAAAACUCGGGGAGAGGAAUAUUUCGGAACUUCAGUGGUGUCUCGGAUGCACAAGGAAGUUGGAUUGCAUCGGGGAAGCUUGCAGAGGGGAUCGGGCUUGAUGCCAAAAGGUAUAUAGAGGCGCUCUUGAGUUUAAAUCGAUAGCCGAGCCGUUACCUUAUGGUGUGCUGGUACGUAGAUAUCCCCCGCAUGUUGGGGGCAGCCGCCGAACCAUGGGUUUCGCCUGACGAACGCCCAGCCGUGGGCAAGCCAGCUCAUAUGAGACAAGUAUAUGGAAUGGAAUAUAGUUUUAAAGCGGUA